AUGAGCAGAAGUCGAGACGAGAGAAAGAUAACCAUCAGAAAGGAAAAUCGAAAAGCUGCAAAGAAGGAAGCAUUAGUGAUGUUAAAGAAAACAUCUGACACCAAUAUGAUAGUUGUUGCACUUAUAGUCACCGUAACGUUCGCGACCGGAUUCACCAUGCCAGGUGGCUAUAACCAAAGUGGCACUACAAACCCAGUCCCAAGAAUGACUGUUCUAUCACGAAGAUCAGUUUUUCAAGCAUUUAUGAUAUUAGAUGUUAUAACCCUUCUACUCUCUUGUGUAGCUAUAUUUUUCAACUUUUGGGGGACAUUAUUUGAUGACCGAAGAAUUGUCCAAAAGUUUGUCAUUGUCACAAUAUUUUUGGUUACUGCAGCCAUUGGAGCGAUGAUGAUUGCAUUCAGUUCUGCAACUUAUGUAGUUUUGGAAAAAUCAUCUGCCCUUGCAAUUGCCACAUGUCUUGUUGGUGUCGUAUCUAUCCCCAUUUCCUUUGUAUUGUGCUUUAGACUUGGUCCUAGGUAG